GCGGAGGGAGGGGUGCUGGCUGGGGAGUUCGUGAAAAGUUGAGGCUAACAGGAGGAAGUGCGGAGAGAGGAGUUGGGCUGUGCCGGAGGCCGAGAAGCGGGAGGUCUCAGGUAAGCCCUGGAAAGCCCAGGUGGCUGCCUCUGCCUCUGAGGGGAACCGCGCGCCUGCAUGAAAGGAAGGACCUGCUGGAAAGUGCACCCUACCUGAGCCCGGAGCUCUGGCUGCCGUUCCGCAGCCCUUCCUGUGCGUAGUGGCUGGGUGGCUGCCUCUGCGCUCUGGCCAUGAGGAUCCGGAUGGCCGUGAGGUGGACUUGGGCAGGCAGGAGCUGCCUGCUACUGGCGACUCUAACAGUGGCCUAUAUCCUGGUGGAGCUCUUGGUCUCCUCUUUCCAUGCUUCCCCAGGAACCGGCCGUGCCAGGGAUUUGGGUUCAAGACGGCUCCCGGAUCACCAGGAACAGGCAGAGGAUUUGUCGCGUCCACUUUAUGAAAAGCCCCCUGCAGAUUACCAUGCCCUUGGGGAGUGGGGGAAAGCCAGCAAACUCCAGCUCAACGAGGGUGAACUGAAGCAGCAAGAAGAACUCAUUGAGAGAUAUGCCAUCAAUAUUUACCUCAGUGACAGGAUUUCCCUGCACCGCCACAUAGAGGACAAAAGAAUGUAUGAGUGUAAAUCCAAGAAGUUCAACUACAGGAGACUUCCCACCACCUCUGUUAUUAUUGCUUUCUAUAAUGAAGCCUGGUCAACUUUGCUCCGCACCAUUCACAGUGUUUUAGAAACUUCUCCUGCGGUCCUUUUGAAGGAGAUCAUCUUGGUGGAUGACUUGAGUGACAGAGUUUAUUUGAAGACACAGCUUGAGACUUACAUCAGUAAUCUUGAGAGAGUUCGCUUGGUUAGAACAAAUAAGCGAGAGGGACUGGUUAGGGCCCGCCUCAUCGGUGCCACUUUUGCCACUGGGGAUGUCCUCACUUUCCUGGAUUGUCACUGUGAGUGUAAUUCUGGUUGGUUGGAACCACUUUUGGAAAGGAUUGGUAGAGAUGAAACAGUAGUUGUUUGCCCUGUUAUAGACACGAUUGAUUGGAAUAAUUUUGAAUUCUACAUGCAAACAGGGGAGCCCAUGAUUGGUGGGUUUGACUGGCGUUUAACCUUUCAGUGGCAUUCUGUCCCCAAACACGAAAGGGACAGGCGGAAAUCAAGAAUUGACCCCAUCAGAUCACCCACCAUGGCUGGAGGACUGUUUGCUGUCAGUAAGAAGUAUUUUCAGUACCUUGGAACGUAUGACACUGGGAUGGAAGUCUGGGGAGGUGAAAACCUGGAGCUGUCUUUUAGGGUGUGGCAGUGUGGUGGCAAAUUGGAGAUCCACCCAUGUUCCCACGUGGGCCACGUGUUCCCCAAGAGGGCACCAUAUGCUCGCCCCAAUUUCCUACAGAAUACUGCUCGGGCAGCAGAAGUCUGGAUGGACGAGUACAAAGAGCAUUUCUACAAUCGAAACCCUCCGGCAAGGAAAGAGACUUAUGGUGAUAUUUCUGAAAGAAAACUAUUACGCCAAAGGCUGAGAUGUAAGAGCUUCGAUUGGUAUUUGAAAACUGUUUUUCCUAAUUUGCACAUUCCAGAGGAUAGGCCAGGCUGGCAUGGGGCUAUUCGCAGUUUGGGGAUCUCUUCUGAAUGUUUAGAUUAUAACUCUCCUGACAACAAUCCCACAGGUGCUAACCUUUCACUGUUUGGAUGCCAUGGUCAAGGAGGCAAUCAAUUCUUUGAAUAUACUUCAAACAAAGAAAUAAGGUUUAAUUCUGUGACGGAGUUAUGUGCAGAGGUUCCAGAGCAAAAGAAUUAUGUGGGAAUGCAGAAUUGUCCUAAAGAUGGGUUGCCUAUUCCAACAAACAUUAUCUGGCAUUUUAAAGAAGAUGGAACCAUUUUUCAUCCACACUCAGGACUGUGUCUUAGUGCUUAUCGGACACCUGAGGGCCGACCCAGUGUACAAAUGAGAACUUGUGAUGCUCUAGAUAAAAAUCAAAUCUGGAGUUUUGAGAAAUAGAAGAGCAAAGCAAUACUUUCAUCAUGAGCUGACGAUAGCUACAGGAAAGUCAAAGAGCCUUCAGAGAACCUCAGUGAAGAUCAUAUUUUAGAAAUCACUUGACCGUCAUCUCUGAGAGCACUGAGAAGCUGUGGUUCUUUCUAGUGUAUUACACUGAAACUGGGUGCAGGGACUGAUGCUGUCUAAUGUUUCAAAGUGCCUUACUUAUGGAUUGCUUUAUUUAAAAGCUUUGUCAAUGAGUCUCUUACUCUGCCUUAAAGAAGUUGACUGUGAAUUGAGAUAUACAAAGCCUUUAAGUGCCAGACUUAACAUUAAAUGUAAUGUAAUGUAAAAGUCAAGCAAAAUGAGGUGUGAUUUAUGUUGAUGGGUAAGUUCGCUGCACAUCCCAUUUUUAUUAAAAUUCAUAAAUGUACAGUUCGAGCUAUUGCUAUUUUGAACACAAAAAAUUUGAAGUUCUUUUAGCCAGCUCGUUAAAUUUUAGGUUUUGUUUAUUUUUUAAUCUAGUAUUCUCUGAUCAAAUGGAAAUCAAAGAAAGUUGAUCUUAAGGAAAAAGGCCUAGUUUUAGGUGUAUGCACCAUGUAUUAAAGGGCAUAAGUUUGAGAUCUUUUUAACAUACAGGCAUCUCAGAAAACAAUACUCAUAUCUAAAUGAAAGGGGGACAUAUUUACAUUCCAUAUUUUGUACACUUGCGCUAUGGACUUAAUCUAUUUUAUAUAUAGAUACCUCAAAUUGCUGUGACCUGUCCUCUCUGUUCACUUGUUUUCUUUGUGUAGGGCAUUUUCUGAUUGCACUUCCUUAAGUUAUGAACAUACUAGAAAGGGACUCUUUCAGAAUGCUAUGGCCCCCUUUGUUAAUGCUCAGUCAUUUAAAGUAAACACAAUUGAGGCCUCUCUGAAGUUAAACCCAACUGUGUUUACUGAAAUGUGUGAAAGUGAAAGUGGGCCAGAUUCACGAAGGCUGGGGAAGUCUUCUACAAGUUCUUGUUGAUCAGUAUAUGUAAGGAUUUAUCUUAAACAUUCAAGGAAAAAAAACAGCCUUGACAGAUGUGAAUACUGCCUUCCAGCUUUCUUUCAGUACCUAGCACUGAGUUUGGCAUCCAGGCAGCUUCUGAUAAGUGGGUAAAUGACUCACUGAAUGAAUAAAAGGCUCAACUGUGGAAUGUGACUUUGGUCAAGUCAUUUAAGAUGUUUGUACCUUAGUUUCCUCAUCUGUAAAAUGUGGGUGCUGGAUUAGAUCUCAAAGAUUCCUUCCAGCUCAGAAAUGUUGGUUGUACAUUAUACCAUUCUCAGUCACUGUGCCAUCUUUACAACACUUUUUAUCUUUUUGCUCUGACAUAGGUAAUGUUGAACAGUUGGGCAAUGUUCAGUCCACUUAGGAAGCUGGAAGAGAGAAAUGGUUUUAAAAAUUAAGUGAACGGAGCUUGACUGAAGUAGUUUAUCUCUGUGGGUUAUGAAAUUUUGGUGUUUGUAGCCAUUUCAUUUUGACAGUUGUCAAACCAACUUUGUUUUUAAAACCUUUAGACUCUAAAAGUAAUAUUUUGACUAAGAAUAUAAAUACUUUCCAGACUAAAUUAUUUGAGAAGUAAACAAGCUUUUUUUUAAAAAAAAAGAAAUGAUUUUUAUUGAUUUUUAUCCUAAUGUUAUAUCCAGAAAUCACAGGCUGGAUUUAAAAUUAAAUUUUAAUGUUUUCACUUUGGUCUAGAUUUAUGAAGAAUUCAUGCUUCAUAAUGAAUUAGUCCAAAAUAUUCAUGAGUACAGUUGUUUUUGGUGUGUACUUCAUGACUUGGAGAGGAGGAAUUUUGUAAAAUAUGAAUUAAAAAAAUGGUGUAGGAUAACCAUUUCAAAAAUUGAAAUUGCUAUGCAAUCUUGAAUAUUUUGUUUCUCUUUUGCCUCUUAAAAUGAAAAUGUGUUCAUUUAUUUUGUAAGUUAUUCAGCGACCUUAAAAUUUAUCCAAGAGUUGUCCAGAUUCUGCAUACAGUGCAUUUGGCCCUGGGUUUAAUUUAAGAAGGAUUUAUAAUAAUGCUCUGGAUUUUUCAAAAGAGAUCUCCUAAACCUACCUACUCCCUUUGACCAGUCAGUUGUUUUUAAAAAUGUUGUAGUUUUUACUUAUUGUUUUAUUUUCUCUUUUUAUUUAUUUUUUUGUUGUUCUUAUUAGCACUCUGUCACAUGGGAGAACUAAAAUUGACAUAUUCUGGAAUUACUGGAGUUAUUUUUAUUUUAGUAUCUUGAUGCUCCUAUCGAAAGGGAACAGAGACUUUCAAAAGUAAAGUACUAAAUUCUUUAUUUACCUUUUACUCUAAGUUGCUGAGUAUGACUUAAUAAUCUUUUAGGAAGAAAUUUUAGGCUGGUGUUUUAUUUACAUCAAUAAUUCAGAACAGUUAGGCUGUUCAUUCUUGAAAAAGUGUAUGUAACAGAACAAUGAAACUUUCACAUUUUUAUAAAUAGGCCAUUCCAAUUUAAUUCCAAAAACAUACCUUAAUGCUAUAAACAAAAUAUAUUUUGAUUCUCAAAUUUUAAUUAAUACCAAAGUUCUCUUUUGCUGUAGACAAUUAAGACUUGAUCUCUUAAGUUAAUUUACAUGCUUAGUAACAGUUAUAGGAAAGUAUUUUGUGGGCAAGGAGUUUCAGUUCACUAUGUCCUUCAAUGUCCAAUUCUAUGAAUCAAUUAGUAUCUAAAUAAGCAUAUUUAGCAGUUUUUAAAAAAUGAUAAUUUAGUCAUCAGAAGGAUUUCUUUAAAUGAAAAUAACUUGUUUGUAAAAACGAAUUUGUUUACUCACUGCAGUAGACUUUUGUGUAUUCAUUAUGCGUUGUGGAAUCAAGCUUUUCUAAGUUGAAGAUGAGAUUAUUUUAAGUUAUGUAGCUAGUGGGUUUAGGAUCUUGAUUUUAAUUAAUGAAGUGUUUAGUUUUGACUUGUCCUUUUGAAUUGCUGUUUUAAUAGUAUUUUUAAAUGAGCACCAAGAAUGUUGAGUUCAAAUUAACCUCUUGAAUUUUUUUCUGUGUAAUGAGUGGUUUCCAUUUUUUUUUUCUGUUAAUGUGUUUGCAAGGUCAAUUAAGACAUAUAAAAUAAAAUGUGUGUCUGAUU